AUGGAGGAUAUUCAGGGCGCAUGGCUCGCCAGCGGCAUGGGAAUAUUCUUCGGCUGGGCGUUCCUCGCCUGGCUUGUUCGCGUGUGGGCAAAGGUGCGCACAAAGGCCUGGACGCUGGAUGAUUAUGCCAUUUCUGGCUCCGUGCUGUCUGCCUUUUUGCAUCUCGUCUUUUUAUCCUAUGCUAUUCGGCACGGAUACGGCAAGCCGUUGGAAACACUGUCCGCAUUUGAUAGGACACAAGUAGAGACGGGUCUAUACCUCGGACAAUUAUUCUACAUUCUUUCGUUUGGACUCUGCAGAGUGGCGGCGGCGCUUUUUAUCGCGUACAUUUCGCACUCGGGCCCGCACAUCAAGCCCGCGCGGGUGGUUGCGGUCAUCACGGCAGCAUGGACCGUGGCGUCUGCACUUGCAGUUUGCAUACGCGGCGACAUUAUCCAACCGUGGACUGUACUCGAUGGAUCUUCCAGCAUGUUUAUGAGAUGGCUUGGUAUCGAAAGCACCGGCAUCCUCAUCGAGUUGGCACUAUGGGGGAUAGCAGCCCAUCUCGUCUGGGGCAUCCAGCUCAAAAUAUCGAAGCGCAUCAUGAUUGUCUGCGCAUUUGGAGCUCGUCUACUAGUCGUGCCGUGCCUCGUCGCCCGUCUCGUCUUUCUCGAUCCUCGAAUCAAUACCGGCCCAGCGCGCAGCGCCACCAUGGCCGACCUCCUCACCGAGGUGUGCGUGCACCUUUCCAUCAUUGCCGGCUCCGCGACGGCACUCAAGCCGCUCCUCACGUCUUUUUACGUCACGCACCCCGCGCCGCUGGAGCUGACCACGUCCACGUCUGGUCUGCGCUCCAAGGACCGCUCGGGCGGCAGCGACGCAUACUGGCGCCUCGAGACGGUUAAGCCAGCCGUGUUGAGCGGCGGUGCUGGCGAAAGGGUCGUCAUCAACCGCUCGACCGUCAGCGACAUUAUGUGGCAGACGGCGCAGGGGCCGUCGCACCAGGCGUCGGCGUAUUCAAAGUCGGACAAUACCAGAUCGGCAUCGCGCAGCAUCAUGAACUCGCGGACAGAUGACGGCAGCGGCAAGAGAAGAAAGAGCGCGUUGACGGGGCCGCUAAAAGGUCGACGGGCGAGGGAAAGGGGGCCGUCCGUGUCUUCGGGAUCGGAGGGUUCGGGUCGCAUGAUUAUUCAGAAGACGACCGAAGUGACGGUUCAGUACAAGUAG